CAAUUAUCACACCAUAUUAUAAUCUGACUUUCGAGUUCUGACAACGGCGUUAGAGAAAGUCUAAAAGUUCACUUAUAUACCUGCGCAGUAACACAAAGUAAUCGCCACCUUUUUACGUUUUCCAAAUUUUCAACAUGCAAAAUUGGUUAGAGUUCCAGGCGGUAGUGAUGGCCGCUGGCAAAGGUUCCCGUAUACCUGAAAUGACAGCCACGAAACCAAAGUGUUUAUUACCAGUUGGCAAUAAGCCGAUGAUCUAUUAUCCUCUUAAGCUACUCGAAAACGCCGGAUUCAGUGGUAAUAUAUACUUAAGAGUUAAAAUAAUUGAAAUCCGUAUUUUGUAAAUAUUAAAAUUAAUAACAUUGUUAAUUAUUAGGUUUCAGCAAUAAAAACUUACAAUCAAUAAAUGUAUUAAUGCUUUUUUAGAAACAAAAAUAAUAGUUGCGGAUAAUUAUGCUAGUGAUAUACAAGAAGAAGUAGAUCGUCUUGGUUUUGAAAUGAAUUUAAGUUUUGUUCCAAUUCCAUCUGAUGAAGAUUGGGGUACAAGCGAUUCUCUUAGGCACAUUUCUGAUUUUAUUAUAGUAAGGAACUUUAUGAGAAUAUUUUUGUAAAUACCAUUUAUUUACAUUGUUUUUAAUUUAGACAGAUGUCAUUGUUCUAAGUUGUGAUUUAAUAACUGAUGUUGAUUUACAUGAAGUUUUAAAUACAUAUAGAAAAAACAAUGCAUCAUUAGUUUCUUUAUAUUUUUCUACAUCAAAAGAUGAACAAUGUGUUUUCACAGUACCUGGACCUAAAUCUAAAAACAAACUAGGUAAAGUAAUAAAUAUUUAUUUUGCUGUUAAUAUUUUAAUACUUAUAGCUAUUGGGAGUAGCAUAACUAUUAUAGGGUAAAAUAAGACAAUUUCUCGGUGCGUCAAAACUCAGGAGGCCUUGAGAUCCUUGUAUAAUUUUGAAAUGACUUCUUUAAAAAAAAUUGUAAAUUUUGAUGUAUUUGAUAGUGAUCUAAAACUCAAAAAUUAUAAAAACAAAUCAAAGUUAAUAAAUUUCUCACUUCAUUCAAAAUAUAAAACCACAAAAUCAACAAUUUUAGUAUGUGAUUAUCCAAUAUCCAUACUAGCAAUUACUUUUUAUGAACAUUUGAGGAAUUUUAAUAAAAUUAUAACAUAACUUAUGGUCAGCAUAUGCAAAUAUGUAAAGUGGUAUUUGUUUUAGUUUUUCACUAAAUUGAAUGUUCUUAUUGAAUUUUACAGAAAAAGAUAUAAUUGGAUAUGAUUCAAAAACUUCUAGAUUAUUAUUAAUGGCUUCAGCUUCAGAUUAUGAAGAAACUAUGCCAUUAAGUAGUUCAUUAUUGAAUAAAUGUUUAAAUCUAUCUCUAUGUUCAAAUUUAUUAGACUCACAUAUGUACAUCAUGAAACGUUGGAUAAUUGAUUAUUUAUCAAAAAAUAAGUAAAUUAAAUCAUUUAUAUCUACUAUUAUUUACUGAUGACUGAAAUAUUAAUCAUAAUUUUAAACUAUGUCAUUUAGAAGUAUGGCAACUUUAAAAGGAGAAUUACUUCCAUUUGUUGUAAAAGAACAAUUAUCUAAACAUGUUCAAGGCCAAGCCAAGGGAAAACCAAAUGAAAGCCUGGAUGAAAACGAUGAAAAAGUCGAUAUAUUUAAUAUACCAAAAGAAUUUAAUAUUAGUUCAUUGUAUGAUGUUGGUAAUAAAUCGUGUGCUGGUGAUCUACUUAAAUGUUAUGCUUGUAUAAUGGACUCAAAUAUUGGAGUACGGGCUAACACUUUAUUUGAUUAUUGUAGAAUUAAUAAAAUAGUAAGUAAUUAGAAUAGCAAAUGAUUUUUAAAUAAAAAAAUCUAUUUAAUAAUUUAUUUUUUUUAGAUAACAAAAUUAAACCUCAAUUUAGAAGAUGAAAAAGAUAAAAUUUCUCCCGAAGCUGAAAUCUUAUCAAAUCAAUUUGAAAAGAAUACGUGUUUUGUUGGUCCACAUACUAAAAUAAUGGAGAAAACUUCGAUUAAAAGCAGUAAUAUUGGUUCAAGGUGUAUAAUAAAUCCAAAAACUAGAAUUACUGAUUGUAUUUUAAUGAAUGGUGUUAUCAUCGAAGAGAGGUAAAUAAUAUUAACUAAAGAGACAGUUGUUAUAGACAUAAAUAAAUAUAUUUAUUAGAAACGCAUUAAUUAAAAAUCAAUGUUUUUAUUAUUAAUAAGUAACAGUAUAAUCAACAAGCUAUAAAUAUUGCCUUACGUAUUAAGAAACCCAUUAACAUGAAUAUUAAAUGACAAUGGUUCUAAAACGGAACCCUGGGUAACAUUACUAAAUACAUCAUUAGCCAUGAAUAUCUAGGUUCUACCACUUAAUUAUGACAUAAUUAAUUUUAAUAAAUUCCCUCUUAGACCAACAUAGUGUAAUUUUUUAAUUAAAAAAUCAAUUACAUUAUUCCUCAUAUUAACGUUUAUAAAAAUGAAGUUAGUAAAAAUAAAUAGAACAUCAUUUAUAGCCCCAUUAUUUACAAGAAAAGAAAUUAUGUUUAUUAUUCUGAUUUUAACAAGUUUAUCUUACAUUUUGGCUAAAUAUAAAGUUAAGUAUUGGGUCUAUAAUCUACCAGUACAGUUUUAUCGCCGAUUAUAACAAUGGAAUUACAAUAACUUUUUUGAAGACAGUUUGAAAAAUACAUACCUCAAUAAUUGUAUUAAAUAAUAUUUCCAAACAUUUGGAAAUAGAAGAAGUAAUUUUGAAUACUUAAUUAGUAACUUUAACUUUAUUAACUUUUAUUUAUGUUAUUUAAAAAGAUUCUCAACGAUUAAAUUUUUAUUUUUUAAUUAGUUAUCUUAAAGUGUUAGAGCAAUUGUUCUUAGGGAUUGAACAGUAUUUUUAAAAUUAUUAUGCACAUAAUUUGUUAUCUGUUAAAUUAUUUUCCAAAUAUAUUUAUUUAUAUUAUUAUGUAACUUUUCUUGAUUACAAUGUAAAGUAAAUUUCUUUAAUUAUUUUACUUAGUAAUUUAAUUUAUAUUAAAUUAUUAGAUAAAUUUGUAAUUUUGUAGGCAUACAUUUUUUCUUAAUGUCUAAUAAAAACAAUAAUACCUUUUGUAAUCCAUAAACUAAGUUUUUUAUUAAACAAAUUAAAUCUACAAUUUUUCUGGAAGCCUUGUUUAUAUACUUAUACUUUUUUAUUGUUAUACCUAUGUAAUAUUUUGUUUUAAAUAAUAACAAUAUAAUACAUAUUAUAUAACAUUUUAAAAGAUUUUAACAUUUUCAGGUGUGUACUUCAGAACUGUAUAGUGUGUCAUGAUGCUAUAAUAAGUGCUGGUUGCGAACUUAAAGACUGUUUAAUAAGUGGCAAUUUCAAGGUCCCCACCGGAGGUAAUUUAAUUUUAAAUAAUUUUUUCAUUUAUUCAUAAGAAAGAAAAGUAAAAUAUAGACUACGCAGUGUGCAGUAUGUGAUUGUUAAUUAACCAGACUACUAUUUUGGGCGCGUCAUAAAACCAUUAUUUUAUUAUUAUUUGAAAAAUAGAAACAUUGACAAAUCAUUGCAUUUUAAAAACUCGAGAAAUUUUUGAGACCUUAUACACUCCUACUGGUUAAAAUUGAGAUUUAAAAAAUUGUUUUAUGGCAUUUAUUAAAUAUUUGAAAAUACUUAAUACAUCAACUCGGCAUAAUUCUAAUUUUACUAGUUCUAAUUUAUAUUCAUAAUUUAAUUGAAAAAGAACACUAUUGUAAUUAUUAAUCAUUUUUUUUGUUUUAGGAAAACAUUACAAUGAAGUACUUACUGCUAUAGACAGACUGAUGGAAAUUUAAAAAUAUACAAUGUAGGUAAAUAAUUUUGAUUAUAGGUUUAUAUCAACAUUAUAUUAUUUAUUAUAUCUGAUCAUUGUAAAUACAUUUUUCUAUGAAAUAUAUUUUAUUAUUUAACGUGUAGCAAGUUUAUUUUGUCUUUUAUUAUAAAGGCUAGUGC